AUGGGAGGAAACGGCACAAACCCUAUCCACAACAAGGUGAAGAAGAAGGUCAAGGUUGAGGAAGAUGAGGAGACCAUCGCAUUCAAGCUGAAGCAGAAGAUGGACAAGGCAAAACAAGACAAAUUAGCCAAGGAGAUCGGUGGACAGAAGGGCCCCUUGAAGACCAAGUCGCACGGCAUUUCCGGCAGCGGCGGUAAGGGAAAGAAAUAA